GAAAAGACCAGGAAGGGCCGAGAAGGGGAAGGAUCAGGGCCCAGCGAAGCGCGAGAGGAGCAACGGCAGCCCAAUCAGACAGGAGAGCGACCGGGCUGCCAACCACCACGUGUAUAGAGCAGGAUGCAGGGCGAGUUUGAGAGUUACAACAAGCGCGGGGUCCCCCGCAGCAACACCCCAGAGGAUGAGAUUCGCGUCAUGAGUGCAGGGAAGUUUAGUGCCUAUGUGCUGUAUGCCGCCAAGUUGAUGCAGGAGCAGGACAAGAGACAGUUCACCAUCAAAGGUGCGCACACACAGGCAGACAGGGGCGGGGGUGGGCAGAGAAGCACAGAUCUGACCUCCGUGUGUGGCCACGGGCACAUGCUCGGCAACACGUCAUACCGAUGUUGUGUGUUAUGUGUGUGGCUGGUGUGUGUGUGAUCUAUCAGCCACGGGUGCCGCUAUUGCCCGCGCUGUGACCGUCGCCGAGACCAUCAAACGCAAGUUCAAGGGCCUCCACCAGAUCACCAAGGUGCGCCACACACACAUGCACGCAGGGAGGAUAGGGGUGGGUGAGUGACUGGAUCUCUCUGGUAUGCAUCUGUGCGUGUGUGUGUGUGUGUGUGGUGAUAUCGUCUGUGUAUUCAGUGCGGUACGACGACGAUGAUAGACGAGUUCAACAACGGCCGGAUGGGCAUGAUGGGCGAGACGCGCACCAUCUCCCGCAACGUGCCGUACGUCGAGAUCCUGCUGUCGCUCGACGAGCUCGACAAGGACGACAUCGGAUACCAACCGCCACUGCCCGACGACGAAGUCACCGACUUCGACCCUGAGAGCCUCUACAUGAUGAGUAAGACCACACACGCGCACCCCCCGACCGACCGACAACACACACUCAUGUGCAUCUCUGUCUGUCCCUUGUCAUGACGGCUUCAGCGCCGUUAUCAUACCGCGGUGGCCGCGGGAUGUACGGCGGUUAUCGUGGCGGGUACGGCCCUCCGAGAGGGUUCGGUUACCGCGGUCGGGGCGGCGGGUUCAGGGGCGGGUUCCGCGGGGGCUAUCGCGGCGGCAGGGGGGGAGGCUUCUGGAACGGACCACCGAGGGGCGGGUUCGGCGCUGGGCGGGGGAGCUACAACGGAUUCGGCGGCUCAUACGAGUAAGCCAAUCGAAGCCUCACACACUCAUGGACACAACACAGACACUCGCGAACUGUCUCCUUCUCUCCCCUCCUUGGUGUCUUGAUUGGAUCAGUCCUUUUGCCAACGGCUACGGGGGCAUGCGCGGCCGGGGAGGCUACGAGGGCUACCGGGGCGGCCGCGGCGGGAUGCCGGGCGGGUACUUCGGCGGCCCCAUGUAUGGCGGGGGCGGCGGCUACAUGGGUAAUGGGCCCAUCCACCAGUACGGCCCCGGAGGCAUGCAGCACGGGGGGUAUGGCGGCGGGAUGGGCGGCAGCUGGACCCCCGGGCCCAGCUACGGCAUGGGGGGCGGGUACCACCCCAACCCCAUGAUCCCCGCGGGCGGCCCCCUGUGAUGACCGUAUGACACGACAGCCGUCGAGCAGAUAAGGCAAGGAUCGGUGUGUGGAUGGAUCUAGGCUAGUCAGUGUGGCGAAUCCUCUCCCCUUUUUUCAGCGGCACGUGGCGUGGCGUGCGUGGUGACUGGAUGGCUGAAUGUCUGGCUCCUUGCACGGAUGGAUGGGUGCAUGGGUUAGCGAGCGACUUAGUUGUGCAUCCGUCCAUCCCCCUCCCUGCUCCUGCUUGCAUGUGAUGCGUGUGUGUGGCGGGUGGAUGUGGCACAGUUUUGCAAUAUGGAUGGAUGGAUGAAUGCGGCACCGAGCAGCAGACAGCAGACAAGGCGACACAAGGCACGUGAACUGACCUGCACUUUUGUUGCGUGAUUGAAUUCUCUAUAAGUGGGUGGGAUGGCUGCAUAUGAAGGGGGGGCUUUCAAGCAACACGCACCGAGAUAAGGCGAGACCAGACAGAGAGACAACUUGGGGGCAAACGGAGCGGUGAUGAGAGAUUCAUCGCUCCAAUACACCGCACAGAUUCGCGCGCAGAGAGAGAGCGGGAGAGACAGAUUGUUCGUAGGGCGGGCGCGGGGCAGCAGCAGACAGAUUAAAGACACCACGCGUGAUCGAUCAUCAUUCACCGGGGGAGAGGGCGUCUUUUCGUAUGAAGCAUCGAUCAUUGACCUGCCUUUCUCUACAUCUGUCUGUGCAUUGUAUGUAAUUUGAUAGAAUGGCCGUGGAUGGAGUGAGGCACCUUCCCGAAUGGACCGCUGAGAUGACGUGACACAGUGACACAGUGACGUGACUGAAUGAAAUGCAUGCACCACCAUCAUCGUUGUUCGCGCGUCAAUGCAUUUCUCAC